AUGGUUGCCUCUACCGCCAAGGUGCGUCCACGGGGACGCUGCCACAUGAAGGGCAACUGCGGUAAGAAGAGCGUCUUCAGUCCAGAGCUACCAUGCUCAGCCGAUGAGAAGGCUUCCAUGCCAGAGAGAGAUGCCUUUCGAGAGAUGCUAGUGGCUACUUGUGGUCCUGACUUUGCCGAAGGAUCCGUUUGCUGUACGCAAGCUCAGGUGGAGAGCCUAUCUGCCAACCUUCAGCAAGCCGAGCCGCUCAUCUCGUCCUGCCCCGCUUGUCGUAACAACUUUCGAUCUCUGUUCUGCUCUUUCACCUGUUCGCCCAACCAGUCGCAGUUCGUUGACGUCGCCGAAACGCAGGAGGUGACAGGAAGUGACGGCAAACUUUCAGAGGCAGUCAAGACGGUGGAGUAUUACAUCGACGCAGAUUGGAAGCAGAAGUUCUUUGACAGCUGCAAGGACGUAAAAUUUGGCGCCAGCAAUGGCUUUGCGAUGGAUCUGAUCGGUGGUGGUGCUCGCAACCCCAACGCCUUCCUCAAGUUCCUUGGCGACGAAAAACCGCUGUUGGGAUCCCCUUUCCAGAUCAACUUCCCCGACUGGCGUCCGGAUGCGCACCUCGACUGGGCGCCCUCAGCAACGCCGCAAUCCUGGAAUGAUUCGCAGCUACCACCAGUACCCUUCGACAGAAACCCUAGGCAAUGCAGUGAUCCUGGCUUGCUGUCGCGCUGCGCUUGCGUUGAUUGUCCAGACACCUGCACAGCCUUACCAGAGCUGCCAGCAAGCAAUCCACCCGGCUCGUCCUCUUCUAUCGGCGCAAUGUCGGGCUUCACUUUUUCCCUCAUCAUCCUCUAUGCGCUCCUUGUCUGCAUCCUAUGGUUCUGGAAGCCUGUACAGAAGCUUGUUCGAGGCCGUCGCGGUGCAAUUGCGCUGCCUCAUCGCACUAGCGGUCUGAGCCUGUUCAGCAACCAGUCCAGCGGCUUCGAACGUGUGCGAAUGGACUCUGAAGACUCGCUCGAUGGCGUCGAAAGCAGGCAGCAGCCCCAGUCAGCCGCUUCUGGUGGCCUCGUUGGUGCACGUGGUUUGGGACACUUUGGCGAAGAGAGCUCGGCGAGCUCCGCUCCUGAUGGCACCUAUCGAGGCAUUGGACUGGAACGCAAUGACAACCUCUCGGCGCUUGGAGCGCUUCAACCUCGCAAAUAUGCGCUCAAUCAGCUUCUCACCCGAUCCUUCUACAGGCUGGGACUCUUUUGUGCCCGCCGACCCUGGCUGACUUUCAUGAUAGCAGCUGUCUUUGUCGGCCUUGCCAACAUCGGUUGGAAGAGCUUUGAGGUCGAGGUGGAUCCUGUACAUCUGUGGGUGGCACCGGGCUCGACAGCCAAGCUGCAGAAAGAAAUCUUUGAUCAUGAGUUCGGACCUUUCUAUCGACCCCAGCAGAUCUUCCUCAUGGACAGUCACUCGUACCAGCAUCUCACCUCCUUGCGGCACAACUCGUCUUCAGAAAGCUUGAAAGCACUGCCGCCCGCUUUGUCUUGGGAUCGACUGUUGUGGCUCGCAGAUCUCGAGCAAGAAGUGCGAGAUCUCAAAACCCCUUCUGGUGUCACGUUGCAAGACGUCUGUCUGGCUCCUGCAGGUCCUGGCACUCCAUGUGUGGUACAAAGCAUCCUCGGCUACUUCCAAGACGACCCUGAAGGCUAUGGAUUGGACGCCACCAACUGGGACCAAGGCUUAAAUCAGUGUGCUAGCAACCCUGCCGAAUGUCUGCCUUUGUUUGGUCAACCACUCAAGCCCAACAUCGUACUUGGGGGAUUGCCCGACAACUCUCAGCCCAGCAAUGCUCGAUCUGCUGUGAUCACGUACGUGCUCAACAACAGCUUGAACAAGACGCUCCUCUAUGCCGCCGAAGAGUGGGAGCAAAUGCUUCUUGACCUUCUGCAAAGUGUGGCUGCUGAACCUGCCAGACGCUCGCAGGCGAAAGAGUCUGGUCUCGAUCCGCAUCCGCUGUCCGUGCGAAGAAAGGAGCUCGGCGUCCAGAUUGCUUUCAGCACCGGCGUCAGCCUCGAAACAGAGAUUGCAAGCAGCAGCAACACGGACGUUGGCAUCGUCGUCCUCUCAUACUUGACCAUGUUCGUCUACGUAGCACUUAGCCUCGGCGGGCGAACGACUCAUGGGUCAGAGCUUGACGAGGAUCUCGAAUCCGACUCGCCUAUCGCGGAGCCGGGCUCUUAUCCUCAAAUGAGUGCAGCGUCGCCGCACGCUGCAUCUGGUGGCUUCGUCCGACUCUUGCAGAUGGCUCGUCGACCAUCUCGAAGUUUCGUCAACACCUAUUGCGUUUCUUCCAAGUUCACGCUGGGCCUUUUCGGUAUCAUAAUCGUCCUCUGCUCUGUCUCGUGCGCCGUCGGUAUCUUCAGUGCGAUGGGCGUCAAAGUGACGCUGAUCAUCGCAGAAGUCAUUCCAUUCAUGCUGCUGGCUGUCGGCGUGGACAACAUCUUCCUACUCUGCAACGAGAUGGACCGCCAAACGCUCCAACAGCAAUCGGCUCGCCUGGGAUCUGCCCAGUCGGAUCCACUGACAGCUGGACCAUCUGCUCCAACCAUGGGAGCAUCUGCACACCCGGAACAGUCUCCAACAGAAGAGAUCGAAGCUCACGGCGACCUCUUCAUAGAUCCUCGAGUUUCAGCGAGCCAGCCAGUAUGCAUGUCAGUCGAAGAACGAGCGGCGCGCUGCUUGGCCCGAGUCGGUCCAUCCAUCUUGCUGAGCGCCACAAGCCAGAUCGUAGCAUUCCUACUCGGUGCCGUGGUGCCAAUGCCUGCCGUGAGAAACUUCGCUCUCUACGCUGCUGGCAGCAUGCUGAUCGUUGCAACAUUGCAUUGCACCCUCUUCAUUGCAGCAAUGACGCUGGACGCACGUCGAGUGGAAAGUGGACGCAUGGACUGCCUUCCGUGCAUCAAAGCGCCUCGUCGCCCGGCAAUCCAGCUGCCCGGCAAUCCAGUCGCUGGGGACAAGGAUGGAUCUCUGGACUCCUUCAUCCGAUACCGUUUUGCGCCGACGCUGCUGCGGCCUGGUGUCAAGAAGCUGGUCGUCGCGGCGUUCGGCGCUGUCGCUGUCAUCAGCUCCAUCGGCGUUGGAAGGAUCGAGAUGGGCUUAGACCAGCGGCUGGCGCUUCCAUCAAAGUCGUACCUGAGACCGUACUUUGACGCCAUCGACGUUUUCCUAGAUGUUGGCCCGCCCGUGUACUUUGUUGCUGCGGGCAAAGAGGUCUCCGAGCGUCAAUGGCAGAGAGGGCUUUGCGGACGAUUCACGACUUGUGAUCCUUUAUCGCUUGCGAACACCUUAGAGGGCGAGCGAAAAAGGCCUCAAGUCUCUUGGAUUGCUGAGCCCGCCAGCAGCUGGAUCGAUGACUUCCUGCAAUGGCUCAAUCCGAUCCUCGAUGGCUGCUGUCGCGUCAAGACCUCGGAUCCCUCUGUCUUUUGCGGUCCGCGCGAUAGUCCUUUCGCUUGCCAGCCAUGCUUUGAGGGUCGAGACCCGCCCUGGAACAUCACGAUGGACGGCUUGCCUGAUGGCGAAGAGUUCUAUCCUUACCUCAGGAAAUGGCUCGAAAGUCCAACGGACCAGGAGUGCCCCUUGGGAGGUCAAGCAGCCUACUCUUCCGCGCUAAGCAUCGCAACGGACGGCAAGACAGGAAAGGAGUACGUGCGCACUUCGCACUUCCGCACCUAUUUCUCUCCUUUGAGGUCACAGUCGGACUUUAUCAGUGCAUUGGAGCAAUCGCAGCGGAUCUCGAACGACAUCUCGGAUCGAGUUGGCUAUCGAGUCUUCCCAUACAGUCUGUUCUUCAUCUUCUUCGAACAGUACACCUACCUGCUGUCGAUGGCGGUACAGGUACUUGGAUCCGCUGCAAUCGCCAUCUUUGCCAUCAACACCGUGCUGCUCGGUAGCUGGAGAACAGGUGCUGUCGUUACACUCAGCGUCGCCAGUGCUGUGUUCUUGGUGGCCGGAGCGAUGGGCUUCUGGGGUAUCCAAUUCAAUGCGCUGACAUUGGUGAACCUCAGUGUCUGCGCUGCAAUCGGUGUCGAGUUUUGCGCUCAUAUUGCUCGUGCCUUUAUGCGUGCACCUGGAGCUCUACCACGAUCGCAUCCCAUGUCGCAAAAGGAGCGAGACGAACGCGCAUGGCUCGCUCUCACCGACGUCGGAGGCGCCGUUGUCAACGGCAUCUUUUCCACCAAGCUCAUCGGUGUGGGCGUGCUUAUCUUGACAAAGUCGGAUCUGCUCAAGCUGUACUACGCCAAGACGUGGCUCUGCUUGAUCCUUGGCGGUUUGCUACACGGCCUCAUCUUACUUCCAGUGCUGCUCAGCUGGCUCGGAGGUCGAGGCUGGUCAGGAGGCGAGGACGAGGCGGAUGUCAAGCGUCGCCUGGCUCGUUCCGGCUCCGAAUAUCGGCCCAUGAUGGCCUCAGAGCCUCAAGGUAGCGAUGAGGAGGAGCAUCUGUGA